ACUUCAUCAUAGACCGUUAAUUUGUGUGACUGGAGGAAUGUGUACUUACAGCGACACCCGAGCCGUAAUCACACAGAUACCCAGCAUAACUUUACUUUAUACAUUAGUCGGGCACGGCAAAGUGUAUCUGUGAUUUUCGGACGGCCGUGAUAUUUGUCCUGUAUAGAUUGGUUGGAAUGAGUUAAUGGUGCUAUGUCUGGUCAGACAACUUUCACCUGUAAUAGCCGGCAAAUAGUAUGUGCUUACUAAUCGCACUACCCAUAAUUACCUAUGUAUACUCGUUAAACAUGUUUGUCGAUUUGUGAUCAGUGUCCAGACCGAUUGGCUGUGUUACCCGAGAUACUGGACAGUGUUCCGGACAGUUUCUAAAAUCAACACGAGAUACUGGACAGUGUUCCGGACAGUUUCUAGAGUCAACAAGGGACACUGGACAUCAACUGUAAAGAACGAGAACUGUGGAUUUUCUGUGACCUAACCACGUGUCGUUACCGACGUACUGUGUGAAAUGUGCUUACACACUGUCAGUAUUGUAGCAGUAACCUUGGGAACGUCACCACAAUAAUUCGCCGUAAAGAUGUAACCUCCCUAAUGAGGUCGGACGGACUGAAUACGCAUUCCGAGACAAUCGCCUGCAUGGACACCAGCCUUGAUAAUCUCAAAACUCGACCUAUCACCAGUCAGUAAAUUCCGGUGUGUGGCACAGCUUGAUCAUGGGUGUGAGUGAAACGAACUUCGCAUUAAACUUGUCCUAUGGAGGCAAAUACAUUCAGGACACGGGCAAUAGUACGGAUCAGCUGGACGCUUUCUACAUGCAAUACAUGUGUAAUGGCAUCGCUCUUCCCAUCAUCUCGGUAUUGGGCGUUAUCGGAAACAUCCUCACCAUGAUGGUACUUUGGCGUAAGGAGAUGCAGUCCACUACCAUUUUGUUCUUGUGCGCGCUUGUUGUGACAGAUACCGGUAUCAUUAUCGUAGCCUGUGUGGCUCUCACUCCCUACUCAAUCUCGUUGUUCCAUCCCGAACUGUGGUAUUACAAAGACGUCAUUUAUCCGAACCUCUACACGGGCGUCUUCUUCCUCAUCAUGAGUAUCCAGCAAUGCAAUGUCUGGAUCACGGUGUCUGUGUCGGUAGAACGCUACAUCGCCAUUUGUCACCCGUUCCGCGCUCAAAAGAUCUGCACGCGCAAAAAGACUUACAUCACCCUUAUUGUCAUUACCGUCACUUCUAUUGCCUACAACAUUCCACGACUGUUCGCCACCAUGGCCCAAAAGCCCUGUCCGGACCCAGGACCCGAGGUGCCAGCCGGCCAUGAAUGUUUUCUGCUUGUUACAACGGCGUUCGGCGAAAACUUCUUUUAUACUAAAGUGUACUCAGUGUGGAUGUACGCCAGUAUCAUCUACAUCAUCCCUCUCAGUGUGUUAACAGUGCUUAACAUUCUUAUCAUCAUGGAACUCAUGCGCAUGCGUGCACGACGAGCUGGAAUGAACAUUCAGGACGACCAGGAAGCCAACCUCAGUCUCGUUUUGGUUCUGAUUGUUGUUGUAUUUAUUUUGUGCCAAACACCGGGUUUGUUCGCCCAGUUUGACUUUUUGUUUAAUAACGUUAUGAUGAUCAAGUGGCUGGCUGUGAGUAACAUCCUUUUUGUAGCUAAUUCGUCUGUGAACUUUUUAAUUUAUACUCUUGUUGGUCAAAAGUUCCGCAGAGUUUUAUUGGGGGUUCUCAAGAACGUGUUCGGGAGGAAAAUCCUGUCGGACGUUUCUCGGAACUCAUCUAGACAGUCGAAUGGCCUAGAGCUUAACCAUAGACAGUAUGCCCCCGUUAACUCUGAGACACAUGUGGAACAUUUGGAGAAAGUCCGACUUAACGACUGACACGUGACAAAUGAUACAUACAACCAGCAAUAGAUAUUGAUUACGGUGUGAUGUGUCCAAUAUGUCAAUUGUCUACCGUCUCUAAGGCAAAAGUUCCGGACAACUGGAGAAUGUGUCAAUUGUCUACCGUCUCUAAGGCAAAAGUUCCGGAUAUCGGGAGAAUGUGUCAAUUGUCUACCGUCUCUAAGGCAAAAGUUCCGGGUAUCGGGAGGUUAGAACUGUUACUGGACAGCUGGUUCGGAGUGUGUUUCGUCUAGUUGACAAGUCGCACGUAAAUGUAUAUAGCGAGGAUUUGGCCGGUGAUUUCUCCUCUGGUGACGCUAUAGUCUCCAUACAGGAUUUAGAUUUCUGUACGUCCCGUCGAGACAGUCCAAGUCCAUCCCGGGACAUGUUGUAAUCGUGAUUGUCCCUACGGGGAAAUGACAUGAUUCAUUUCAGGAAAUGUAAGAAACAUCCAAGUCAAUAAUUGAUCGGUGGGCGUGCCGAAGUUCAGAGACGUACACAAAGAUAUACGGACUAUAUGACCCAUUCUAGACAGAUUUUAUUUAUUAUUGAGUUUAGAAAUAUAUCAAAAAUAUAUUAAUUUGUUAGUGACAGUUAAUGAGAUAUUUCAUUGUGAUAAUAUAUGUGUUAUUAAGACGAUUAUAUGUAUAGAUGGCCUAUAUCUGUGUAGUUACAUUCCGUCGGUAUAGGGGCGGCGCGCAUGUUGUAUCUGGGUGACGGUGAGACACUCUGACGGUGGUGACUAGGACAUCCCCUACAUGGUCACCCGACACAUUCAGAAAGCUUUAAAACACGCUGUAAUAUUCUGGUUGUUAAUUAUCUAUUAAGAUACUAGUUGUGUUAACAGAUUAAGAUGUUUUCUCUAUAAUACCUGGAUAUACAAUACAUACAAAUGUACGAAGGUGACGUUCGAUUUCCAAUAUGCGCUCUGAAGAAGGAUUGUUUUGACCGGGCACAUUAAAGAUAGGCUAUUUCGAUAAGUUUAUCUUGAAAUAUUUAGUUUUGACCAGGUUAUCUAAAUAAUAUGUUAUUUUGACUAAAUACUGAAAGGACAGGUCAUUUUUACCGUAUAAGAGUACAGUAGGUCAUUGUGGCUAUGAAAUCUGACCAAAGGUCAUUUUGACCAGGAACUCAGAUACUGGUCAUUACACAUUCUUGAGUAUAAAUCAAUUUCGACCAGGUGACCAUGGGAAGACAGGUCAUUCAGUCAGGUUAACUCAGGAUAAAUCAUUUCACUAAUUCAAAAUAAGCAUGCACCCGGCAAUAAUUAUUACAGUUUUUGGAGAAAUAAACACUCUGGUCCGUUACCGAAUCAUUGAAGUUACAACAUAUUUGAAAAGUCUAAUGGUAAGCUGACAAGUGAGAUCAACGGAUUAUAAUAUACCUUUUUUUGUCUGGCCAUUUCGGGGAUCUGAGUUUCUGAGGACCGAGGCAAACAACCCUUCUUGGGGUAGGGGGUCUAAUGACAACCACACACAUGUAGAAUUCUAGUAAGGACGAGCUGUUACUGUAAUUCUAGAUUCCUUGUCAAUCGGUAAAUAUCUCAUUAUGAUCGUUAUUUCAAACAAUUAUAUAAAAAAAACUGUGGUACACAGUAACACAGUAAGUGAACAUGCCUUUUCACGUCCGAUUAAGGAAUCGAACAUCGGCCGUCUCGGUGAAAGGCGAGCCCGCUAUUCAGUGAGCCACCAGACAGUCCGGUUUAUAAAUUAGACAUAUUUCACAAAUUCCACGUACAUUCGUUAACUUUGUUAAUUACCUGUCAUGACCAUUGGUAAUAAUAUCUAUCAAUCGCCCGUCAUGUCUACUACGUGUCAUUGGAUCAUACACAUUGAUGACUUGGGUACAGUACCCGUGCAGACAAUGAUUGUUCGUAACUUGUCAACAUCAAUGUAAAAUAUAUUUCGGUCACGUAUUCAAAAUAUCCAUCAUCCCUAUAUCCUUUAUCUGUGUGUGAAAUACCCAUCAUACUUGUCGGUAUGUGUGUGAAAUACCCAUCAUACUCGUUGAUAUGUGUGUGAAAUACCCUAUCAUACUUGUCGGUAUGUGUGUGAAAUACCCAUCAUACUUGUCGGUAUGUGUGUGAAAUACCCAUCAUACUCGUUGAUAUGUGUGUGAAAUAUCCAUCAUACUUUUCAGUGAAAUACCCAUCAUACCUGUAUAAUGUAUUUGAAAUAAGGGCAUGUCAUCCCUGUGGAUAUCACGUCAGGUAAUAUGCAGAUUACAUUGUGUUAGCAUCAUACAUGAAACAUUAUACAUAUAUGCAUGUAGUUGUCUGGUCAAACCCGUCGUUAGGUAUACAUGUAGACUAUACCUGAUAUUAAUAUAUAUAUAUAUAUAUACCUGUCAUUAUGUAUGUAGACUACCUGUGAUAAAGUCGGUAUGUACCUAUAUGCCGGUGAGUGUACUAGGAGAGAGCAGGAUUGUUGAGCCUAUAUUCAAAAUGUUACAUCGUUACCGUGACCUCAGCUGGGUCACACAUAGUAGGUGUGUUUUAUCAUCGUUGUUUAUCAAGUAUCUGUGAUAGAUUGUGUAUCUAGUAGUAAAGUAAACAAGCGAGUGAGUGAGGGGUGCGAGUCUAUACUUAGUCAUUUCCAAAACUUAGAGCGGCCGGUCGAUAUAAAGGGAGAUAACUCCCGUUCCUUCAUGGACCAGCUGUAACCGAUCUGUGCGUGUCCGCUACAUUUAACAUCCUUAUCUUAGAACUGCAUCUUCUAUAUUUUAUGCACUGUAAUUGUAGCUUUGUCUGAGGUAUAUAUCUAUCAUCUGCUAUAACUACAGUGGCUGACAGAGGUAUUGAUAAGGCUCAAUAAUACGACAAAUGACAUAAUUUAUUGGUUAAUCUUUUUCGAAUCACAUUCAUGCAAUGUAACAUUCUAAAGUUUUAAACCUGAAUUAGGUUGUAUCUGGACUUUAUCCGCUUCAUCGUAAGAAUUGCGAUCAGUAAUCGGAUAGCUCGGGCGGUAGCAUUGACGUGCAAGCUAAUUACCUCCCCGUCGAAAGCUUCCAUAACGGUCGUCUGCAGAUCGAGUGACGUCAGAUAAGACCCGCGCAUGAGUACAGCACUCGGAUCAGUGCGGCUAUCGUCCCCAUUUAUUGAAAGUUUCAGAUCGCUGGUCGUAUUGUCUUACAUGUGGUAAUGAAAGCGGAUGUAGAAAUGAUAAGAUGUCAGUUGGACGAUUAAUGGAGAGGAGAUAUUGUCUGGUCAACAACACGUAUACCUCCACCCAACCGCAUUUAAUAAGUACAUUAUAAACACAUAAAGUGACGUUCUCACGUGACGUCAGUACCAUUAUAAAUAAAACUUAAGCAUCCCGAAAAAGAUAAUUGUAUAUAAUUCUAGUACCAGCGUACAUGGAAACAGCAUUACUAGGUCUGGUGUGUACGGAUAGCCACAGGCAUCUCGUCCUGCUGUAACUGUAAUUCGACUUGUCACAUAUAUGCAAAAGUGCUAUUUUUAUAUAAAUAAAGACGAACAGGUCUGACUGUA